GAUGUACCCGUUGAUUAGUGCUUCAUUUUAGUUCAUUGUUUUCUUUUAGGAAUUCAAUUUUAGCAGAUAUUUGAACACCAUGUCUGAGGACUCCGCAGUGAAAGUCUGCGUUCGAGUCCGUCCCCUCAUAACGAGAGAGGAAAGUUCUGCAUCGGAGAACGCAGAGCCUGUUCAACUGUACUGGAAGGCAGAUAAGAAGUCAAUUUAUCAGACUGACGAUGGGAAUUCAACCAAGAGCUUCAGCUUUGACAGAGUGUUCACCGCUGAUGAAACCACUGAUCAGCUUUACCGGGCCAUCGCGAAGCCUUUGGUGGUUUCCACUGUUGAAGGAUACAAUGGGACCAUAUUUGCUUAUGGGCAGACGUCCUCUGGAAAGACUUUCACUAUGAUGGGGAACGAUCAUAUUCUAGGAGUGAUCCCUCUGGCUGUGGAAGAUGUUUUCCAGACGAUCAAAACUUGUCCCAAGAAGGAGUUCCUCCUUCGGGUGUCUUACAUGGAAAUCUACAAUGAGACUGUGACUGAUCUGCUUGUGGACAGUUGGAAGAGAAAACCCCUGGAGGUUCGAGAGACCAUCAAUAAAAACAUCUACGUGGCUGACCUGACUGAAGAACUGGUGACUUCUCCUGCACAGGCCUUGGCUUGGAUCAGGAAAGGGGAAAAGAAUCGUCAUUAUGGAAAAACGAAAAUGAACCAGCGCAGCAGCCGCUCACACACCAUCUUCCGAAUGAUUCUGGAGAGCAGAGAGAGGAGCGACAGUGAAACUGCAGACGGAGCCAUUAUUGUGUCCCAUCUGAAUUUAGUUGACUUGGCUGGAUCUGAAAGAGCGAGUCAGACAGGAGCAGAAGGUACACGUUUCAAAGAAGGUUGCAAUAUCAAUCGCAGUCUGUUCACACUGGGCCAAGUGAUCAAGAAACUGACUGACGAAAGCCAGAAGGGUUUCACAAACUACAGAGACAGCAAGCUGACCCGCAUCCUGCAAAACUCUCUUGGUGGGAAUGCAAAAACAGUGAUCAUCUGUACGAUCACUGCUGCUGCACUGGAUGAGACUCUGAGCACUCUGCAGUUUGCCAGCACCGCAAAGAAAAUGAAGAAUGACCCUCACGUUACAGAGGUGUCAGACGAUGGGGCUCUACUCAAAAGAUAUCGCAAUGAGAUUGUGGACCUGAAGCGACGACUUCAUGAGGUGUCUUCAGUCACACAGACCACAGCCACAGAGAAGGAGGUUCUGUCUCAGCUUCUGCAGGAGAAGGACCAGCUGCAGAGGGAACAGGAGGACAGGAUCAAAAACCUGACCAAACUGCUUGUCACCAGCUCAAAUCUGGUUCCCGUCAAAAGGAUGCCUAAACGCAGGGUCACAUGGGGAGGGAAGAUGCUGAGGCUCACCCCUGAAUCCACCUGCCCCGGCGGAUCGUCUGACCUCAGCUUCGCAGAGUCGUCCACUCAGAAACGGAAAGCUGACCGCUCCUGUUUGUUGGAGUUGGCUGAAGAGGAUGAAGACUUUUACCCUCACUGGGAGAUCCCAGAGGAGCCGUCAGAUGACAUGGACGUCAGCCAGGCAUCUGUAACUGUUCGAAGCUUUGGAGACAGUCCCAAAGAUUUCGUAUCCCCAGACCGGAUCCGUGAACUGUCUGGAAGAGUGUCCAGUCUGGAGCUUCAGGUGGAAGUGGAGAGUCGUCAGAAAGAGGAGGCCAUGGCAGCAGUGGAGUCACUGAACGGUCGAGUGUCUGAGCUGGAGCUUCAGCUGCAGGAAGAGGCUCAGCACAAACAGGAGGCAGUGGAAAAAAGCCAAGCGGCCGAACAGAGGAGCGCAGAGUUGGAUGUGCAGCUCCGAACAGAAGCUCAGCACAAGCAGGAGGCCAUGGAAAAGGUGGAGAUGUUGGAGUUCAGAGUGGCAGACCUGGAGAGACGGCUGGAGGAGCAGGGACACACACAGAAGACAGACUCCGACCAGAUGACAAGAGAAUUUGCAGAAAGCGUCCAGUUGUGUGAGAGACUAUCUUCAGAGAAGGAUGCGAUCGUUGCUGAGCGGGACUACCUGAAGCAGGAGGUGGGGAUGUUCAUGGAGCAGAUUCAAAGACUGGAGAAGGAGAAGGCAGUGAUGUCACAGGAGCUGGUGGAGCAGAAGGAGACGGAGGAGUUCAAGAAGCUGGAGGAGGAGUUCAGGAAAGACCAGGAGGCCGAGUUGCAAGAGGAAAUCUCCAAUUUGAAAAAGGCCGGUGAAUCAUCGGAAAUUAAAUGUGUGGAGCUUCAGAACAAACUAGAAGCUCUGUCUGAGGAGCUUAAGAAGAAAACAGAACUUGUUGAGGAACUUCAGAAUAUGUGUGGGAAGGAUUUGGUGAAGGAAGUGGCGAUGCUUCAACGCUCUCUGGACGACGCAGAGGGAGUGGGCAGAGACGCAAAGAAGGAGUGGGCUUUCCUGCGCAGUCGCAACAUCGCUCUGGAGGAGAGGGAUGUUACUCUGACAGCCAUCCAUGAGAAGAUGGAGGCCGAGGUGCACAGCCUGCGCAGUCAGCUGGAGACGGAGAAGGCGCACUUUAAAAAGAUGCAGAUCGACCUUCAGAAGGAGCUCAAUGUGGCGUUUGCCGAAAACACCAAACUCAUCACUCUGCUGGACGGCAAAGUUCCAAAAAGUCUGAUCGACAGUGUGGAACUGGAGAGAACAGUGACUCAGCUGAAUACAGAGCUGGCAGUGCGUUUGGAGGCAGAGGGAGUCCUCAGAGCCCAACUGGAGGAGCUGGAGUCACUGAGAGAGCUUCCAGUUCAGGUGGACCACCUGACCAAGCAGGUGUCUGAACUGAGUGCAGAGCUGUUUGCCGUCCAGUCACAGAAGGACAGUCUAUUGUCGGAGCUCACCAACCUGCAGGAGAAGAAUGUAGAGACUCAAGAGGAGCUCCAACACAACUGUGAUCAAAUGAACGUCCAUAAGCAGAGGGAGUCUGAUUUAGAGCAGGAGGUGGUCAGACUGUCCCAGGAGCUUCAGUGUUUAAGAGCUGAGAAGGACUGUGCCCUGGCGUCUAGUGCUCCCAGCUCUGCAGAGGACAUGGACAAACUGCUGUCCACUGUGGCCGCUCUGACCGCAGAGAGAGACCAGCUGAAGACAGACAUGCAGGAAAAUGUGGACAUGAUGAUCGAGAAUCAGGAGGAGCUCAGGGCUGCUCUAGAGAAGAAUCGUAAACAGAAGGAGCUGAUUGAAGAGUUGGAGGCAGCAGAAACCUGUAAACAGGACAGUCCAGACAGAGACAUGAACGUACAGCUGGAGGAGCUGCAGAUGCAGAUAAAGAGCAUGAGUGAGGAGCUGCAGAGUGUGAGAGCAGACAGAGACAGACUGUUGAAUGAGAGGACAGAGGACAGUCACAGGUCCAGCCAGGACAUGGACCAGCUGCUGUGCACAGUGACCACUCUGACUGAAGAAAGAGAUCAGCUGCAGGAUAUUCUGGAGGAGCUGAGACAGGACAAACAGCAGCUCAGAGCACAACUGGAAGACCAGCUGGACACACUACAGUCUGAGAUAACCCAUCUGAAUGCUUCUGUCCACACUGUGAAUGAGCAGAAGAGGCAGCUGGAGGAGGAGCUGCAUCACAACAUCCACAUGGUAUCCACAACUCAAGAGCUUCUGAAGUCAGUUCAGGAGGAGCUUUGUGAACAGAAGCAGAUAAACUCUGAUCUGAAAGCUCUGAGACACAACGAGGAGACCUUAAAUCAACAGGUCCAGACGCUGACAGAGAAACUGCAGAGCACUGAAGCUGAGAGGGACCAUCUUCUGUCUGAGAAGCAAACUGACAGUCAGAGCUCCAGCCAGGAGAUGGAGAAGCUGCUGUGCACAGUGACAGCUCUGAAGGAGGAGAGAGAUCAGCUGCAGGACAUUCUGGAGGAGCUGAGACAGGACAAACAGCAGCUCAGAGCACAACUGGAAGACAGGGUGGACACACUACAGUCUGAGGCUGCACAAACUCAGAGUCUUCUCCAUGCUGCUCAGGAGGAACUCCACCAGCAAAAUCAGAAGAGUUCAGAUCUGAUGAAGAGCAUGAGUGAGGAGCUGCAGAGUGUGAGAGCAGACAGAGACAGACUGUUGAAUGAGAGGACAGAGGACAGUCACAGGUCCAGCCAGGACAUGGACCAGCUGCUGUGCACAGUGACCACUCUGACUGAAGAAAGAGAUCAGCUGCAGGACAUUCUGGAGGAGCUGAGACAGGACAAACAGCAGCUCAGAGCACAACUGGAAGACCAGCUGGACACACUACAGUCUGAGAUAACCCAUCUGAAUGCAUCUGUCCACACUGUGAAUGAGCAGAAGAGGCAGCUGGAGGAGGAGCUGCAUCACAACAUCCACAUGGUAUCCACAACUCAAGAGCUUCUGAAGUCAGUUCAGGAGGAGCUUUGUGAACAGAAGCAGAUAAACUCUGAUCUGAAAGCUCUGAGACACAACGAGGAGACCUUAAAUCAACAGGUCCAGACGCUGACAGAGAAACUGCAGAGCACUGAAGCUGAGAGGGACCAUCUUCUGUCUGAGAAGCAAACUGACAGUCAGAGCUCCAGCCAGGAGAUGGAGAAGCUGCUGUGCACAGUGACAGCUCUGAAGGAGGAGAGAGAUCAGCUGCAGGACAUUCUGGAGGAGCUGAGACAGGACAAACAGCAGCUCAGAGCACAACUGGAAGACAGGGUGGACACACUACAGUCUGAGGCUGCACAGACUCAGAGUCUUCUACAUGCUGCUCAGGAGGAACUCCACCAGCAAAAUCAGAAGAGUUCAGAUCUGAUGAAGAGCAUGAGUGAGGAGCUGCAGAGUGUGAGAGCAGACAGAGACAGACUGUUGAAUGAGAGGACAGAGGACAGUCACAGGUCCAGCCAGGACAUGGACCAGCUGCUGUGCACAGUGACCACUCUGACUGAAGAAAGAGAUCAGCUGCAGGACAUUCUGGAGGAGCUGAGACAGGACAAACAGCAGCUCAGAGCACAACUGGAAGACCAGCUGGACACACUACAGUCUGAGAUAACCCAUCUGAAUGCUUCUGUCCACACUGUGAAUGAGCAGAAGAGGCAGCUGGAGGAGGAGCUGCAUCACAGCAUCCACAUGGUAUCCACAACUCAAGAGCUUCUGAAGUCAGUUCGGAGGAUCUUUUGUGAACAGAAGCAGAUAAACUCUGAUCUGAAAGCUCUGAGACACAACGAGGAGACCUUAAAUCAACAGGUCCAGACGCUGACAGAGAAACUGCAGAGCACUGAAGCUGAGAUGGACCAUCUUCUGUCUGAGAAGCAAACUGACAGUCAGAGCUCCAGCCAGGAGAUGGAGAAGCUGCUGUGCACAGUGACAGCUCUGAAGGAGGAGAGAGAUCAGCUGCAGGACAUUCUGGAGGAGCUGAGACAGGACAAACAGCAGCUCAGAGCACAACUGGAAGACAGGGUGGACACACUACAGUCUGAGGUUGGACUGACAGGUUUUACUUUGAAAAUUACACUUACAUUCAUCAGCCAUAGCUGUAUUAAAUAUAUCGCUGGUUGCAGCUCAGAGCAGAACUGGAGGACAGGGUGGACCAGAUUCUUGCCGAUACACAUCCCUAAUGUUUUGCAGGACAGUUCAGGAGUUGAAGGAGCAGCUUCAAACGUUCAUGAGAAACAAGCUGAAGCAGAGGCCUCUCAGCAGCUGCUCAGUGAAGCCAACAGAACCAUCUCAGAGCUCAGGGAGCAGCUGAGGAGUUCGGAUCAGAAGGAGCUUCUAUCGGCACUGCUGCAGAAUUCCACUGUGGAGCUUCAGACGGCCUUUAGGAACUUCCAGGGCUUCGCAGACACGUGUUCAAGCGUCUCCAGCAUGGCCCGGGACCAGUGCUUAGGAGUCAAGUGUUCUCUGAACCCUCUACCUGAAUCUAAAUCUACCAUGGCUGUGUACAGCGCAGUGUGUCGGCUGAGACUGCAGAGUCUGGACACUCUGGGACACAUCGCAACACAUAUAAAGAGCAUGAGUGAGGAGCUGCAGAGUGUGAGAGCAGACAGAGACAGACUGUUGAAUGAGAGGACAGAGGACAGUCACAGGUCCAGCCAGGACAUGGACCAGCUGCUGUGCACAGUGACCACUCUGACUGAAGAAAGAGAUCAGCUGCAGGAUAUUCUGGAGGAGCUGAGACAGGACAAACAGCAGCUCAGAGCACAACUGGAAGACCAGCUGGACACACUACAGUCUGAGAUAACCCAUCUGAAUGCUUCUGUCCACACUGUGAAUGAGCAGAAGAGGCAGCUGGAGGAGGAGCUGCAUCACAACAUCCACAUGGUAUCCACAACUCAAGAGCUUCUGAAGUCAGUUCAGGAGGAGCUUUGUGAACAGAAGCAGAUAAACUCUGAUCUGAAAGCUCUGAGGACACAACGAGGAGACCUUAAAUCAACAGAGGGACCAUCUCUGUCUGAGAAGCAAACUGACAGUCAGAGCUCCAGCCAGGAGAUGGAGAAGCUGCUGUGCACAGUGACAGCUCUGAAGGAGGAGAGAGAUCAGCUGCAGGACAUUCUGGAGGAGCUGAGACAGGACAAACAGCAGCUCAGAGCACAACUGGAAGACAGGGUGGACACACUACAGUCUGAGAUAACCCAUCUGAAUGCAUCUGUCCACACUGUGAAUGAGCAGAAGAGGCAGCUGGAGGAGGAGCUGCAUCACAACAUCCACAUGGUAUCCACAACUCAAGAGCUUCUGAAGUCAGUUCAGGAGGAGCUUUGUGAACAGAAGCAGAUAAACUCUGAUCUGAAAGCUCUGAGACACAACGAGGAGACCUUAAAUCAACAGGUCCAGACGCUGACAGAGAAACUGCAGAGCACUGAAGCUGAGAGGGACCAUCUUCUGUCUGAGAAGCAAACUGACAGUCAGAGCUCCAGCCAGGAGAUGGAGAAGCUGCUGUGCACAGUGACAGCUCUGAAGGAGGAGAGAGAUCAGCUGCAGGACAUUCUGGAGGAGCUGAGACAGGACAAACAGCAGCUCAGAGCACAACUGGAAGACAGGGUGGACACACUACAGUCUGAGGCUGCACAGACUCAGAGUCUUCUACAUGCUGCUCAGGAGGAACUCCACCAGCAAAAUCAGAAGAGUUCAGAUCUGAUGAAGAGCAUGAGUGAGGAGCUGCAGAGUGUGAGAGCAGACAGAGACAGACUGUUGAAUGAGAGGACAGAGGACAGUCACAGGUCCAGCCAGGACAUGGACCAGCUGCUGUGCACAGUGACCACUCUGACUGAAGAAAGAGAUCAGCUGCAGGACAUUCUGGAGGAGCUGAGACAGGACAAACAGCAGCUCAGAGCACAACUGGAAGACCAGCUGGACACACUACAGUCUGAGAUAACCCAUCUGAAUGCUUCUGUCCACACUGUGAAUGAGCAGAAGAGGCAGCUGGAGGAGGAGCUGCAUCACAGCAUCCACAUGGUAUCCACAACUCAAGAGCUUCUGAAGUCAGUUCAGGAGGAUCUUUGUGAACAGAAGCAGAUAAACUCUGAUCUGAAAGCUCUGAGACACAACGAGGAGACCUUAAAUCAACAGGUCCAGACGCUGACAGAGAAACUGCAGAGCACUGAAGCUGAGAGGGACCAUCUUCUGUCUGAGAAGCAAACUGACAGUCAGAGCUCCAGCCAGGAGAUGGAGAAGCUGCUGUGCACAGUGACAGCUCUGAAGGAGGAGAGAGAUCAGCUGCAGGACAUUCUGGAGGAGCUGAGACAGGACAAACAGCAGCUCAGAGCACAACUGGAAGACAGGGUGGACACACUACAGUCUGAGGUUCAGGAGUUGAAGGAGCAGCUUCAAACGUUUCAUGAGAAACAAGCUGAAGCAGAGGCCUCUCAGCAGCUGCUCAGUGAAGCCAACAGAACCAUCUCAGAGCUCAGGGAGCAGCUGAGGAGUUCGGAUCAGAAGGAGCUUCUAUCGGCACUGCUGCAGAAUUCCACUGUGGAGCUUCAGACGGCCUUUAGGAACUUCCAGGGCUUCGCAGACACGUGUUCAAGCGUCUCCAGCAUGGCCCGGGACCAGUGCUUAGGAGUCAAGUGUUCUCUGAACCCUCUACCUGAAUCUAAAUCUACCAUGGCUGUGUACAGCGCAGUGUGUCGGCUGAGACUGCAGAGUCUGGACACUCUGGGACACAUCGCAGAGCACCUUCAGGCACACACUCACUGCUACAAGAACCUGUUUGACGCCCUGAUCAACAACGAUCUCAGUUUUGAGGAGCGGCGUCUGCAGGAUGUGCUUCUGUGUAAAACACAGGCCCCCAGUUACUCCAUUAAAGACGAGGACUUCCACUCACUGUGGAAACCCAGAGUCACAGAGCUGUUGGACAGGAGGCAGCUGUACCUGCAGAAAAUGGGCGGCACUUUGGAGAAGCUGCGGACCAACCUGGUGUCUUUUCGCAGUGAAGUGACCACGGAGCUCAGAGAGAUGGAGUGGUUUAAGGAGCAGCUGAAGACCCAGACUUACAGUAACCUGGAAGGGAUCCUGAACUGUGAGCUGGAGCGCAGGUCUGCUCUGAUCCAGAACAGGACCAGGACUCUGCAGGACAUGACAGAGGAACACACCGUCCUGAUGCGGGAGCUGAAGCUGCUGGAGGUUCAGAGCCACUCUGAGCUCCGACAGGAGAAGAGGAAGAGGUCCACACUGCUGCAGGCCCUGGAGGGGGCGCCGCUCCAAACACAGGUGGACCUGCUCAAAGACAACCAGCAGCUGCUUCUGCAGCUGCAACAGGCUGAGGACCAGGUCAAAUCUGUGCGAGUGGAAAACGAGGAGCUGAAGGAGGCCCGGGUCAGAGCCAGCGAGCGCAUGUCCAACCACAAACAGGCCACUCAGCUGCUGCAGACGGAGCUGCAGGACAGCCGAGCACGGGUCCAAGACCAGGAGAACACCAUCCAGACCCUGAAGAACAAACUGCAGGAGGCACAGAAAAAUGCAUCGCCCAGUGCCGUUGAGCUGGAAAAACUGAAGACAAAAGUGUUCAAAAUGGAAAUGGAGCUGAGUUUGUCAUCUGAUAAACACCAGCAGGAGAUUCAGAAGUUGACAGCAUCACUGAAGGAGAAGGAAGAGUCACUGAGGCGGCUCAAACUGAACCUGAGAUCCCAGCAGCAAGAAGACGAGUCCUUCCUGCAGGGGAAGGACCUCCAUGCCAGACUGACCAAACCCAAGGGGGUGGUGGUCCAGAGCAGCAUCGCUCUGGAGAAGGGCAAACUGGAGGAGGAGGUGGCCCAGCUUCAGCUGAGGAUCACUGAGCUGCAGAGCCUGGUGUCCAGUCAACAAACAGAGAUCAACAAGUGGAAGAGCAGAGCGUUCAGGAUGAAGGGCCAGUCUGAGACCACCAAGGCCCAGUCCCCCUCCAAACACACCCAUGCACUGCUGACAGACCCUCAGCUGAUGGCUUCACCCAAGAGGCUCCGCCGGAACCCCAAUCAGAUCCUGGACUCUCCACGAAAGGGGGCGGAGUCUCCACGAAAGGGGGCGGAGUCUCCAAAGGUCUCUAUGCUCGACUUCCCCAAAAGCCGGUUCUUUGGCGCCGAUGCGAGCUCAGAGCUACUGUCCACGAACUGUCCCAAGCAGUUCUUCGAUAACUCCGCCCUCGGAACCAUUCCAGGAGCAUCUGUGGACACAGACCAGAAGGGGGCGUGGUCUGAGUGGCCGACAUCACCUAAACCUGAGGACAUUUGCAAAACCCAGUAGAACCCACACAUGCAACAUCUGUGAAGUGUUUCACUGUUUGUUU